UCUUAUUCCUCUGUUUCCAGUUCCUUAUGUGAGAGUUUAUCGAGCAGAGAUUAACUGCUGCUGCCGAACAAAUCUGCUCAGGUUAAGAAACGAUCGUCCGGUAUGAGGAGAAGACCAACCGUCAGCUCAGACUGCUGUAUUUCAGCCGGAAACCGGAGAUAAAGUCACAGAAUCGACCUCCCACAGCAACAUGAAUUGUAAGGAAGAGGAGGGUCUGGAUGGCCAGCAGGUCUGUAACCAGGAGAGGAGCUCCAGUCUGGACCAGCAGGACUCAGAUCCUCCACAGAUUAAAGAGGAGCAGGAGGACCUCUGCAUCAGUCAGCAGGGAGAGCAGCUUGUAGUGAAACAGGAAGGCAUCAUCUUCUGGACCGGGGAAGAGCGGCUCAGACUGCUGGAUACCAUCUGGAAACCUGAAACAAAUUUGCUACACAGUUCAGACUUCCCACAACAAAAAGAUUUUAAUGAAGAAGAGGGUCUGGAUGACCAGCAGGUCUGCAACCAGGAGAGGAACUGCAGUCUUGGCCAGGAGGACCCAGAGCCUCCACAGAUUAAAGAGGAACAGGAGGAACUCUGCACCAGUCAGGAGGGAGAGCAUCUUCUACUGAAGCUGGAGACUGAUACCUUUAUGGUGACUCCUGCUUAUGAAGAAUGUAAACCAGAACCAAAUAGUGACCAGUUCCUUUCUCACAACUCUCCUGAAUCAGCAAGCCGAGAUCAGGGAGAAAGCAAGCAAGUGGACUUGGGAUCAUCUAGAAGAGCAAAGCCAAUCAAGAGGCAAUGUGCUAACAGAGUAGACGACUCUCCCGGGUCAGAGUCUCAGUGUAAAACUAACACAAGUAAAAAGUGUUUAAAAUGUGAAACUUGUGGAAAAACUUUUCAGUUUAAAUCUGGACUGAACGAACAUCUAAGAGUUCACACAGGUGAGAAGCCUUAUUAUUGCACUACCUGUGGUAAAAGAUUUAGUUUCUCAUCUGCAUUUAAAGUUCACAUGAGAAUUCACACAGGUGAGAAACCAUAUCCUUGCACUACAUGUGGGAAAAGAUUUAGGGAUUUAAAAUCAUUCAAAACUCACAUGAGGAUUCACACAGGUGAGAAGCCAUAUUCUUGUAGCAUCUGUGGGAAAAGAUUCAGGGACUUAUCAGGAUUCAGAAAACACACAAGAAUUCACACAGGUGAGAGGCCAUAUGUUUGCGGCAUGUGUGAGAAAAGAUUCAGUCAGAUGAUACACUUGAAAACUCACACGAAAAUUCACACAGGUGAGAAGCCGUUAUCUUCUAGCACCUGUGGGAAAACUUUCAAACAGACAACACAGUUAAAAAGACACAUGAGAAUUCAUACUGGUUAAAAGUUUCAUACUUGCAAAACUUGGGAGACUUGUAGCACUGUGACAGUACAGUCCACACUGGUGAGAAGCCAAAGCAGUGCAACACCUGAGGGAAGAGAUGAAUUCACAGGACAAUAUGGUAUGUUUUCUCUCUCAAGCAGAUACAAACACUAUAUUCUUUAUUCCAUUUAUUGGCUUAGUCUUAUGAUUGUAGAAAAAGCCUGAUUUUAUAUUUGAAAUUAUAUUUUCACUGUUUUAGACUGUAGAGGUGACUCACAAGUAUUAAUUGUAGAUUGAUGUCCUUUAACUUUAUUCACUAAAAAGCUUUUAUAGAAAACCAAGCAAAAGAAAAUUGUCACUUGUUGCUUUUUAUAGCAAAGAUUUGAUUCCUCUGUCAGGCAUGAGAGUUGUCUGUCUUUUAUUUUUAUGCCUCCUUUCUGUAUUUCAUUGCAACUGACUUGGUGGCAAGAGGUGUGGAUCUUGUCUCCAGUCUGGUACCUUAAUACACACGCUUACGGUAGUGUGGCAUUGAUAUGCGGUAUGAUUUGCAACAUGGCACCUGAUUGGCAGAUGAAAUUUCGGCCUGCUGCACUUCCGCUGGGAUUGCAGUACUCAUUUGUGACUGUGGUCCACCAAACAAGAAUGAAGGAGAGAGAUCCUGAGAAAAAAAAUGCAGUAUUUGAAUGUUGGCUCGCAGUUACACUAUGAUUCAAAGAUCAAGAACACAUUCAGCUAUUUUAUAGUUACAAAUCACAAGUCCCCUCAAGGUGCUUUAUAUUUUAAGGCAAUGAUUAAAUGCAGAGUGGGGUAUAACAUACACGCAUACAUACAGGGAAAAAUGGCAACAGCAACUGACAAACUACUGACACUGGCAAUGGCAGCAUGAAGAGGAUGCAGGCAUACUGAGAAUUUUGUACUUUGUGUAGAUUGUGUUUUUCAAAGUCAGUUAUUGUUUCACUAAGAGCUCAAAGAUUUGAUUUUCAAAUUGGUCUGUGUUGAUAAGUUUGUUUAGGAAAAAUUUAGUAGACUAGACCUCAAAUGUUAGGUGAAUUUUUUUUUUUCCUUUUAAUUUUCAUGGGUGCACGCUCCUAGAUCCCUCAAUCACAUCAGCCACAUGCAGCCAGGUGGAGCGCACACCCUUUCAGUCUUUUUUUGGGAAGGAGCGCUCUCAUGUCUGCUCGCUUACAAAAUGCUGGAAAGUGACACAAAUUAGACCAAAAAUAUUGUAUCAUUAUGAAUUUUAGGUUACUUCAUGUGUUGAUGUUAAUUUUCUUGAAAGUUAAACUUCAGUGUGCGCCUGCACCGUUGAGUCAUUUAGUUUUGAUGCUUCUGAGUGUGUUUUUCAUCCUUUAAAGUUUAAAUAAAAAUUUCAUUAAAACCUCUAGUGACAAAAUUUCACUUUGAGGUGUAAUAUCUAAAAUUUAAAAGCAACAAAAGAGCAUUCUGCCUCAUUUUACAAUUUUUGUGUGUGUGUGUGUGUGUGUGUGUGUGUGAUGUUUUAUUUAAAUUUUGAAACUGAUGUUUUGACUGAGUAGACAUGCCUCAGUCUGUAUCAUAGCUCCUGUUUACCUGUCCUAGCUGCAGGGCUUUACUCAGUGAUACACAUAAAAUAUUCAUGUAGUGUGGCUGCAGGUUUACAGUUAAACUGCAUGAAGGUGUAAUAGUAAAUAACUUAAUAUGUUUAAAUGCUUUGUCAUUGCUUUUGGUCUUCAAAUAAGCAAUUUUUCAUAUUCAGCCUGAUAAUUGGGAAACUGUCUGACCUGCUGUCUGGUAUUAAAUAUCUUUC